UGUCAAAUCUGCAGGGGGCACUAUUGUCAUUGCCUUGUGCCUUGACAAUAUUUAUGGAUAGAGGGAAGAUGUGAAUAUUUAGUGUUAUUACUGUAUUUGAAUUUUCUUGCUUUGUCAAUGUUCUAUCAAUGCUUUUUAUCUGUAUUAAAUGUACAAUAUCAGGAAAGAGACCAGGGAUAUACCAGUUUUUACUGAAAAGAAGACAUCAAAAGCACACAUAUACAGUAGAUAUGAUCACACAAAUAAACAUAUACAUUUAGGAAUAUAUACAAAUAGAGUUUAAAUAAGAAAAUUGGACUUAAAUGUUGACCAAUGGUUAGGCAAUCAGACAGACAAGAACCACUGAAGUCACUAUGAGGUCACUUGGCUAUUAGCACACAAAACCGAAGCACAGUUUUUAUGUCAAAUUGCCGUUAAAAAUUGUUGGAGAAAGUCCUGGGGCCUUAAAGUCUAAAGUAAUUUAAUCUAUCCAUUCUCUAUGCCACUUAACCUAUGUAGGGGUCGUGGAGAUUGCUGGAGUCUGUUCCAGCCUAUCUCGGCCUGAAGGCAGGGAAAAACCAAGUGGGCCAGUCGGAAGUAAUUUAAUCUGCAAACAUAAAACAGAUUCACAAAGAACAACCAUUUUCUGCUGAUAAUUAUAGUAUGGAAUGUUUAGGUCAGUGAUGCCACUAUUCAAGGAACAUUGUUGAAUUCCAGUUGUCUCUGGAAGUAAUGAAAGACCGUUAUUGCAGUCAUAUGCCCAUUAGUUAGAGCAUUUUAAAAAUCUAAAAUUCUAAAAAAGUUAAAAGCAAAAAACUUAAACACAUUGAUCAUGUGGAUUUUUUGUGUAUUCGUAUUGUAAAAUAACUAUCAUUCGGGGAUUAGCAAUGUUCAGAUUUUGGAAUUCUACAUUGUAUUUUGUAGAAGGCUUUUCCUGUUUCCUAUUUUCUAUCAAUUUAAAUGUGUUCGUAAUGAUCCAGGCUGUAGCUAUGAAUUCUGAGAAUUUAUAUUGCUCUUGGCCCCUUAUCUUAAAAAGAAAAUAUAAUAAUAAUAAUUAGUAAUUGUGGUGCCCAUCUGUACCUGUGACAUCUCUCAACUUGCUAAAGCCCUGCAGAACAAAAAGAUGCCCGUUCAAUUAUUUUCCUGAAACACAAAUGCAGCAUCCAAACAAACUUGAGAACGGUUGUGUUUGUGCUUCUUCACAAAACAUUUGGAUGAGAGCAUGAGGGAAUUGUGCAACGGUUUGCAGAAAUGCUGAGCGUAAGUAUUAAAAUUUCUUACUAAAUUUUUUGUCUGUUUAACAAUUGGACUUAAAUUCUUUCGGAAAGAAAUGCUAUUGCGUUGCUAAAACAUGAAUGAUAAGUUUAAGCAUACGGCAGCUUUCUGUACAUUUAUAGAUACUACAUGCAUGAUAAAAAAACGUCAUAUAAAACGAAUAGACAUGAAAACCCUGUAGGAUUUGGGGUCGUUUGUGGGUUUUAGGGGAUCAACCCAGGUGGGCGUGGCUAAAUAGUAAUCUAGCAGUCUGUGGUUUCCUUCAUCUAUUGCAGUCUCACUCUCGACCGCUGUCUUCAUUAUCAGAGGCGUGGUCGCUUACAUAAUGAAUUCUGUAUUAAAAUACUUGUUGAUACUUCUGGGACUGAUCUCAGUUAUAAUCAACAUCGUCUUGAUAUGCAUAAAUUCGAAUAGGCUUCCAAAAUGCCUGUCCCAACCUCAAGAAUCUCUGAAAGUAAAACACUCGGAUAAAAGUCUGAUUUUUGCCGACCUAUCUCCAGAGGAGUACAAGACUGUGCGCGAUUACAUGUGGGCUCAGAAAGACCUGCGAAUUUCCCAUGCGGCCACAGCAAAACCCUCGGAGAAUUUCAUCUUUUUGAUUGACCUUUUGCUCCCGAAGAAGGCAGAUGCGCUGCGCUACCUGGAUGCCAGAGGGGCGAAGCCGCCCCGGGACGCUUCUGUCGUGGUGUUCUAUGGCGCGCAAGGAUACUUGAAGGAGUACGUGGUGGGACUUUUCCCUGGUCCCCUACAGCAUCGUGAUGUUACCCAGGAGAAAUACAAAGCUGCAACGUUACCCUUUACAGCCCGUCCAGUAACAACCGGGGAGUAUGUGCAACUCUUCACAUUAAUGAAUCAAGUUUUUAAAAACAUUGAAAAACCACUGCGUGAAAGUUUUGGAUAUAUCCCAAAAAAGAGGAAUUUGCUUCCGUAUGAGGGCAUGCCUAGAGGUGUACAGGCUGGUGACCGCAAAACCUGGAUAUCUUUCUUCCGUGACUACAGUGGCAUGUACAUCCAUCCCGUGGGCUUUGAAAUCCUGAUCCACCACCAAAGCAGCAACUCUUCAGACUGGACAGUUGACAGGGUGCUAUACAAUGGACAAUACUUUGACUCCAUUGACGACUUCAAAAAAAAAUACGAAGCUGGUUCUGUGAAAAAAAUUGUAUUCAAAGAAAUCCCGAACUUCGCAUCACUGAAACCGAGAAAUAAACCCUCUGGUUUAGGACCACAGCAAUAUUAUCUUCAAGGUAAACGUUUCAGCGUUAGAAACAACGAAGUGGUUUAUCUAAAGUGGAGCUUUGCGUUUGGUUUGAGCUCCCUGACCGGUAUGAGAGUUUUUGAUAUUCGCUUUAAAGGAGAGAGGGUCGCUUACGAGCUGAGCGUGCAGGAGGCAAUGUCUGUCUACGGCUCGCUCACUCCUGGAAUGAUGCUCACAAAGUUUCUCGACUCAAGUAUUGGAAUCGGUCGCUUUGCGCACGAGCUGGUGCGAGGGAUUGACUGUCCUCACCAUGCCACAUAUGUAGACACGUACCGUUAUAUUGAUAGAAAUGUCACGCUGCGCUCCAGGAACUCCAUCUGCGUUUUUGAGCAUGAUAUGGGCCGACCUCUGAGGCGACAUUUUUCAGAUUUUUUUCAUAAUGGUUUCGGCGGUAUGGCAAACAGUGCGUUAAUAUUUCGCACUAUCACUGCUAUAGGUAACUACGAUUACAUAUGGGACUUUAUUUUCUAUCAGAGCGGCUCCGUGGAGGCAAGAGUUCAUGCCACUGGUUAUAUAUCAUCCUCCUAUAAGAUAGAUGGAAGUCUGGAGUACGGUCACCAAGUUGCAGAAAAUGUCCUUGGAAAUAUCCAUACACAUUUUAUCAACUUCAAAGUCGAUCUGGAUAUCUUGGGUGUGAAGAACGUGUUUCAGACUAAAGACAUGGUGUUCAAGGAGGUGGCAUUGCCAUGGAUGCCCUCGCAUAAAGCAAAAAUACCACAACUGGUGGAGCACCAAAUCAUGACCGAGAAAGAGGCGGCAAUGAAGUAUAACACUAAAACACCCCGUUAUCUUCAUAUAGCCAGUAACCGCACCAACCGUUGGGGUCACCAGCGUUCUUACAGGCUUCAGGUUUUUAGCUUUGCUGGCGAUCACCUUCCUGAGUCUGAGCCUGAGGAAAAGUCCAUGUCAUGGGCUCGGUAUAAAGUUGCUAUAACCAAGCAUAAAGAUGAAGAGCAAACUAGCAGCAGCCUUUAUAGUCAAAAUUACAUGUGGGCCCCAUUCGUUGACUUUAGCAAAUAUAUUGAAGAUAAUGAGAGCAUCAACAAUGAGGACCUGGUUGCCUGGGUGACCGUUGGAUUCCUUCACAUUCCACACGCAGAGGACAUCCCCAACACGGUUACUGUAGGCAAUGGUGGUGGCGUCAUCCUCAGACCCCACAACUACUUUGAUGAAGAUCCAUCAAUCAACUCGCCUGAUGGAAUUUAUUUUUCACCAGGCUCUGAGAGUGACUGUGAGUACAACAAAAUGGCCUGUAUGGAAAAGGAGAUGUGCAGUUCAGCACUGGAGCCAUUUACUUACCAUGGCUUUGAAGGAGUUAUGAAUUUUGAGUAGAAAUCCUCUUUUAAAUUGUGAUAUACUGUAUGUAUAUGCUCUUCACUGACUUUGUGUUUAACAAUGUUAAACUUCUGCUAAACAAUCAUAGUUUAAAAAAUGCUUUUAUUUUUUCUAGGAAAUUUAUUGUGUGAUGUGACCGAAUUUGCCAGUUGAAUGUCAACACAAUUUCUUUUUCCCUUAAAUUUUUUCUAUUUAGACCACGAAAUUUGCAUAACAUUUGUUAAAUAUUUCCGUUAGGCGGUGUGCUUUUUUUAUUGUAUUGUACAAAUGUUUUUUUCUGAAGAUUUCGAGAGACCGAGAAAAUCACCCCUCAAAUUCACUCAAUUUUUUAUAUAAAAAUGUUCAUCCAUGCAAUAAAAUUUCAAGGGUGACUACAACUUUGCUGUAUAUUUCUUUAAGUGCAUACAAUAAUGGAAUACAUAGGUUGAAUAAUUUAAAAUGAAAAUGUUGUUAUUAUAUUACACCAGAAUUCAACAUACUGCACAUGAUUUAUACUAAAUUAGAAUGAUACUUUGACCCUAGUUGAUGUAACGUGCAAUUUAAAUCAAACAUGCCAUCUACUAAGGAAAACAUCUGUCUUGGCUUGUUCUCACAGUGUUUCCCCAAGCUGUGGAGGCACACCAUCCAAAAUGUGUACUAUUGGUAUGCCUCCAAGAACAGG